UAUUCUGUGAUGUUAAUGGCUCUGGUGAAUCCUCAGAAUGUUCUUUUUCCCUCCUGUGAGAUGAAGGUAUCUUAUGCACCAAUUUGUUUUUAUUUUACAGACUGUAAGUUGUUACGCCAGUGGCUUAUCACCCAAGAUGAGACCCUUUUUGCUCUUCCUGCUACAUCUGCGCCUCUGAUGCACUCCUCUGCAGAAAAAGUUGUGGACUUGCAGGAGCAGCCAGGUAGCACUAAGUCACUUGGUCAAGAGGAUUUUACUGCAGUCCCGCUUGAUACUGCUGCUUCUCUUCUCUCCUUCUCUCCUCUCUCAGCUGAUCCCUUUAAAGAGCACACAGCCUUUGAUUCACUCUCAGAUGGAUUACCUGCAAGAGGCAUUUACAAAGAAAGUGCAAGUGAGGUUUGUAAAGAAACAAUGGAAAAUGUAAGAAAUCCAUUCCUUACAGAGGGAAAUAAGAGAGACGCUUCCGAGAUGAAAUACUCAGAAAUGGAACCCUCACUUACUAAAGCAGAAGCAGCCAUUUUAUUUCAAGCUGAAGAAGAAAUGCAGCUAGAGGGCCCUAAAGAAUUAUGUGAUCUGGAGAAAAUGCCUGCACAGCCUCUGAGUAUGUCUCCAGAAACUCCUAAAGAUUUGUUUGAGAAAAAUGAGGAAGAUACCUUUUCUAGCAAAGACAAAGGCAGAGAUGGUGAUCAUGAUGACAAAAAGGCAUUGAAAGAAGAUGCUAUUCGAAGGGAAGAGUAUGUGGACUUCAAACCGUAUGAGCCAAUAUGGGAAGUAAAAGGUGCUGGUCAUGGACUGAGCAGCUUGAGAGAGGAUGUUGGAAGUAAAAUAGAUGGCAAACUGGAAACUGGUUUAGAUGAGAAAUGUGGUGUAGAUAAGCUGACAGUGCUAAAGGAUUAUGAAAGAGACAGUGAAGGCAGUGCUGAAGAUCUGUCUUUCCCGAGCACCCCAGAAGCUGUAAAAGAACCUUCACAGAAUUACAUCACCUGUACUAAAUCUGAAUCCUCUGUAACUCCUGUUGGUAGCAAAGUCAAAUCUAUUUGCCCGAUAGAGGAAGACACUUCAGAAAAUAGAACUGAUGAUGAGAAAAAAAUUGCAGAAAUGAAAGCUCAGAACACAGAACAAGGUGAUUUUAGCUCUCAAGCAGUUGGCAAGCAGGAAGGCCUGGAAGCUGACGAUGCUAAAACAGAUAGCGUAUCAACACCGCUAUCUGACACUGCAGCAAGUAUGCCUGAAGGUCUCACUCCUGAUCUAGUACAAGAAGCAUAUGAAAGUGAAAUGCACGAUGCGGCAUGUACAAAACUUGCUUAUGAAACAAAGAUUGAUUUAGUUCAAACCUCCGAGUCAGUGCAAGAGACUCUGAAACCUGUGACACAACUCUGCCCCUCAUUUGAAGGUUCAGAAGCUGCUCCAUCACCAGUAUUGCCUGAUAUUGUCAUGGAAGCCCCACUGAGCAGUGGGACAGCUGGUGCAGAAGCAUCCACUGUGCAGCUUGAAACUUCUCAGUUAGGAACAUUUGUUACUACUACUAGUUAUGAGAAUGUAAAAGAAGAGGCUGAGAAACCUCCAUUAUACCACGAGGCAGUGAAUAUGCCUUUGACACAGGCCCAAGAAACAAAACAGGAGCUGACACUUAAGAAACCUGAUCGUGAGAGUAGCACCAGUCCUGAAGAUCUAGAGACUCCAUAUAUAUCUAUUGCAUGUGACUUAAUUAAGGAAACAAAGGUCUCUGGUGAAUCCGCUUCUCCAUCCUUACCAGAUUAUUCCACAACUCCAGUGACAGAACACGUUUCUCAGGUUGUGCCUGAACACAAGGAACUUGUUGAAAAACUGUCUCCGCAGUUUGGAAAAUCUGACUUGUUUAAUCGCCAGGUGAUACCUGACUUCCCUGGGAAAGAAAGUGAAGAUCAGACUCUCAUCUUAAAUAGUAAAUCAGUUGAGAAUAUUGAAGUUGAUGAGGAACAGGAACGACUGGUAGAUUCAUUGGCUGCUACUGGUAAGCCCUAUUUGGAGUCUUUCCAAGCUGAACUAGACUCUUCCAAAAUUGUAAGUACUCAGCCACCUGAGCCCACACCUGCAAAAACGGGCAAAGCAGAGAAGAUUCCACUUCACGUGGAAGAGGUGAACGCUUUGGCUUAUUCAACUGAUGCAUCUAUUGCUACGGAACCAAAACCAGGAGAUGGCAAAGAUCUCUCACCUAUUGAGUCUUCUCCUGUCUCAGUAGAAGAUGACUUUGUGAUGCUGGUUGAUCCUAAAACUGGUCCCGAGUUUGUGGCAGAAGUCACUGACAGAGAAACAGUGCACAAAAAUGAAAGCGAAGAGAUCAGUAAUGAGAUCAGAGAUGAGAAGAGGCGGUUGCCUUGUCCAGAGCUGCCCUGUGAUCUGUCUGUAAAGAAUGUAGAAGUGAAAACUGAAGAAGAUGCUCAUGCCUUGAAAAAGUCUUUGCAGGCUAUGGACAGAGAAGUGCCUGAAGUAUCCAUGGUGUCCUUACCAGCCACAGAUACCUCACCUUUACCUACUGAAAAAGAAAUAGUCAGUGUAGGAAAGCCAGAAGCUUUUGAGAAGGAAGCUGAGAGAGGAGCUGCUUCUGAUAAAGAAAAGGAAAAACCUACUGCAGUCUUUUCAGCAAAGCUGAAUAUAUCUUCAGGUAAUCUGUGUACACUGUCUUGCAGUUCACUAAUCUCCAUAACCUUUAGCUACACUUAAGCAUGCCAUGACUUA